AUGGCCACCACGUCCACGGCCACGUCUUCUCAACCUGCCACCCUCUCCCCGGCAAUCCUUCUUGUCUACCCAGCGACCUUACUGCUUGGGUCGCUGUUCUCUGUGAUUUCACCAACAGCACGCUCCUCAAGAUCCCAAAACGCACAACCCUCGGCGCCUCUUGCCCCCUCCCUCGCAGCCGACCUGCACCUGUCCCAAAGCCCCGUCAACUACUUUGCCCGAAAGAACAAUGUCUUCAAUCUCUAUUUCGUCAAGAUCGGCUGGCUAUGGACAACCGUAGCCUUUGCAUCUCUGCUACUUUUCCAGUCCGUAUACAGCUCUGGCCCAUCUCGUCAGUCGUCCCUCCAACAACAAACACGGCUCCGCCGGUCACUUCAAACUUUUCUCCGUUGGACCCUCGCCACGACAGUAUGGUACCUGACCACACAGUGGUUUUUUGGUCCGGCCAUCAUCGAUCGUGGAUUCGUGAUCACGGGCGGGAAGUGUGAACAAGCUCUGGAACAGGUGGAAAGGGCGAGUACACAGGUUAGCGCCUCGGCCGAACUGGAGACUUUGCUCACGGCUGCCGCAUGCAAGACUGCUGGUGGAGCAUGGCAAGGGGGACACGAUAUCAGUGGUCAUGUGCUGAUGCUGGUACUGACUACGGCAAUCUUGACUUUCGAAGCGGUCGGAAUUGGCGCUUUUCCUUCGUUUCUGCGCACCACACGACCGGCAGCUGACAGCGCUCGCGAGCGAAAACCCAGUGAUCCUGAAAUUCCAUCGGCAGGAGACUUGAGUAGCUCGUCAGACCUAGUGAGAACGUGGGUUUCUCGUUUUGUUUGUGGCAUCGUGCUUUUGGGUUGGUGGAUGCUCUUUAUGACCUCUAUUUGGUUCCAUACGUGGUUGGAGAAGUGGUCCGGCUUGUUCAUUGCUUUAAGCGCAGUUUAUGUCAUUUACAUACUUCCGAGGAAGCUUGCAUCGUGGAGAGAUGUGGUCGGGAUCCCAGGAGUAUGA